UCAGCCGUUGGUGCUCCGGGCAUCUUCACGUUGACGUUGAAGAUGGCGCUCUUCUUCGAGCAAGCUGUCAAAGUGGCUCUGCGAAAUUAUCCCAAGUCUACGCUCAAGCCACUGCAUUAUGGAACGGCAGGAAUCAGAGACAAAGGCGAAAUCUUGGGCUCAUGCAUGUUCCGUAUGGGCAUCUUGGCUGCCUUGCGGUCGAAAUACAAGAAAGCCACAGUUGGGGUCAUGAUAACCGCAUCGCACAAUCCAGAGGACGACAAUGGCAUCAAGCUCAUUGACCCUAUGGGUGAAAUGAUGGAGACGGACUGGGAAAUUUUGGCUACAGAACUGGCCAACACUGCGGAUGGCUCGUUGAGGUCGGUCCUCGAUCGGAUAGUGGCUGCCACUGACACGGAACUGUCUGAGCCAUCUACAGUGCUCCUUGCGCACGACACCCGGUCCAGCAGUCCGCACCUGGCACAAGCUGUUGCCGAUGGGGUCAAGUCCGUCGAUGGCACUGUCAAGAACUUGGGCUGCCUUACAACACCACAGCUCCAUUACAUUGUCCGGUGUACCAAUGACCCGCAUUACGGAGAACCAACUGAAGAUGGCUACUUCAAAAAACUCACGAAGGCAUUUACCCAGAUUCGAGCUAACGGGUCUGCAGUGCGGAACUAUGUCCCCUUCAUUCGCUUGGAUGGGGCGAAUGGUGUCGGAGCCGUGAAGAUCAAGACUUUGCUUCCUCAUCUGGGAGGCCUGCUGAAAAUAGAGACCUUCAACGAUGGAACACAGGGGAGGUUAAAUCACAUGUGUGGUGCUGACUUCGUCAAGGUUUACCAGAAAGCACCAGAAGGUAUUCCACUCGAUGUCGGUGUCAGGUGCGUUUCCUUUGAUGGUGACGCCGACAGAGUGAUUUAUUUUUACCAUGACGAGAACCAAGGGUUUCACCUCUUGGAUGGAGACAAGAUCGCCACUUUGGUGGCAAGCUAUUUAAAGGAACUUAUUGAUGCUGCCAAGAUAUCCCUAGACAUGGCCAUUGUUCAGACAGCCUAUGCCAAUGGCAACUCUACAAGCUACAUCACUAACGUGCUGAAAGUGCCCGUCAAGUGUGUCCCAACUGGUGUGAAGCACCUGCAUCGUGAGGCCCAAAAGGCAGACAUUGGCAUCUACUUUGAAGCUAAUGGCCAUGGAACUGUACUCUUCAGCGGUAAAGCGCAGGGCGUCAUACAAGCUGUUGCUAACGACGACAGCCAGUAUCCAGAACAACAGCAGGCGGCGAGGAAGCUACUCCACACGAUGGACUUGAUUAAUCAGACUGUGGGUGACGCCAUCUCGGAUAUGCUGCUCGUUGAGACCGUUCUCCAUGCAAAGGGCAUCUGUGGCCCAGAGUGGAACUCUUUCUACACUGAGCUCCCAAAUCGGCAGCUUAAAGUUCACGUUGCCAACAGGAACAUCAUCACAACCGCCGACGCCGAACGUCGGUGCGUUUCCCCGAGCGACCUACAACCGGCCAUCGAUCAAAUUGUCCAGGGAUACCAGGACGGUAGGGCCUUUGUGAGGCCAUCUGGGACGGAGGACAUCGUUCGAGUGUAUGCGGAGGCCAGCACGCAGGACGCCGCCAACAAGUUGGCAUACGAGGUUGGGGUGAAGGUGUAUGAACUGGCGGGCGGUGUGGGCGACAAGCCGAAAGUGCCUGCCUGAGGACCCUUGGCCGGACAAGCGUCCAGCGCACAAGGCAACGAGUGGCGUUGUAGUCUCAGCACCCGGACUUGGCCACUGGACAGUCACUUGCCACAGGAGUUGGUCUUGCUUUUGGGCCGCCCCUAUUUUCCAACGAGUGUACGUUCCUCUUGACCGCUGUUUCCCCCAGCUAGGGGAGAGUUGUACAGCUUUCCUGGGGCCUCAGCAGUGGUCAACUGUUCCUAAGCCUAGUUUAGUAGUCUUGGCUGUCAAGCCUUUCAGGAGGUCCUCUUUCCCCUCUGUCCCUUUCCCAACGAGAUUUGGUACCCUGCUAGUUUGGUAGCAUACAGCAAUUCAGCAUUAGUCCCUAAGGGACCAUAAUCUUGUCUUUCCAGCAGCAGUGUGUCACGAGGGUCACAGAAUUAAUCAUUGUUCACGCUUCAGAAAUCUUUUCCUGCGGGGCUCUCGGGACUCUUCUUGAUAUUUAAUGUUUUAUAAACUUUUCACUGUUGGCUUCUGUGAUAAUCUGUUGUUGUUCUGGAUGUCUCGGCACUGUUGUUGCGGUUGAUCGUGGGGCACCGGUGUGUCAUAAUGUUUAAGCCACAAUAUUCCCAUAAGUCUCAAUCUUUGGUAGACUCUAGCGACUAUUAUAGUAUUAGCCGGAAGAGUUGCAUCACGCGGUUAUUGCAGCUUUCCGGAGCAGUGUGGGUGAGGCGAUAAAGCCAUUUUAUUUUUGCAGGAUGACAAUGAAUUUGUAAAAGCUAAGCCACUGGUACUAAUACUGUAAAAUACCGUUGCCCUUCUUUCUGGCUGUCUCUCGGAUUUUGAGGGCACAGAUGCCAUCUGAAUCUUUGGCAGCCGUGGGUGGAAAUGACACUCCCAACAAGGCACAGUUGUGUUUCUGCUCCACCACUCUUUGUAGGUGCUCCAACCAAUCCACCGUAUCCACUACCAGCUAUGUGGUCUCUCUGACGAGACCAUGCAGCAUAUGGCCAAUUUUGUAAGUGAAGUUUUUCAAUUCUGCCAUUGGUACGAGCUCUGCUGUGAUCAUGCUGACAUGCAGCGGAGAGUAUGUGCCGGAGAGAUAGUGUCGGAAGUUGCCAAGCCUGGGGUCUCCUGCGUUCCUACGCUUGCAAUCUGACCCGUUCGCUCGGGCGGAAUGCCCGCGCAGCCGUUUCGCAGACGGCCAUCACCGAGCAAGUGCCCUCACUCUUAUUUGGCCGUUUUCUUUAUGUCCCAGAAUCUGACCCUUGGCAAAACUGUGUGCUAAGUGGAGAUGUGGUAAGACAUUAAGUCUGGAAGGCCAAUCUUCUCUGGUUGCUAGUGACUCGAGGUUUCUGUAUGCUUUAUCGAGAGACUGUAUCUGUCCUUUCUAGAGGCUGGCGGUGCGAGAAAAGCUUCUCUGCAAUAGGAGCAAUAGAAGGUGCCGUGCAAGCUACCAAUUGUGCUGCGACCUAAUGUCGUACCUUGCUCGGUAGAUUUUUAAUGCUCUAAGCCAGGCAAGUUUUGGAUAGCCCGUAUGAGCGGGUGUUUUUACUGGGUGUGGUGCAAGGCUCCUCGAGCAAUAUUUUUUAAGUGGUAUUCCAGGCAGGAAGAAAAAGCUGCAAAGGAAUUGAAUGUGAUCUUACAAAGUCCCCUUGUGAUAGGUAACCCUGCUUUUUGUAUGCUUUUUUGUGUGAUUAUGGAUCGGUAUGGGACAUUUUGAUGACCACUUAACAGUAAUAUUUACUAUAACAAUGUUUUCUCAAGUCACAAAAAAAAAAAAAAGACAAACUUUUGGGCACGGCAGCUGUAGGGCAGUGUCUGCAUUUGUUUAUGUAAUGGUAUUGAGAUGGUUUUUAUUUAUUUUAUAGGUAGAGUAUUUUGCUUCGAAAGUGAGCUUGUUUUUGGAAGGAGUAUGAUUUACAUUGUUUAGGUAGUGUGGCUUCUUUGGUCUAUUAAUAAAUACUGUUUUAUUUUAA